AGGAGCUUGUUUGAUGUCAGAGUCUGUAUAAAAACUGAGACUUUGGGUUGGCUUAACAUUCAUCCACAGGGGGCCCAAGGAGACACACAGAGCUCUGGAGAACUUGUGCCCUACAUGCGGAUUAUCUGUGACAUACUCCUAGAUGUUUGGACACAGGGACGCACUGCUCGUCUUUUACGCACAGACCUUGGAGGCUCCAAAGGUGUUUGAGGACAUUUGAGAAGACUUUAUUUCAUGGCCACGAAACGCAAAGUUUUGAGGAGCGAGGAAUGGAUAUUUUUCUUCACAUUCUGCCUUCUACACUUCAACAAACAAGUGUAGUAAGAAAGAAAGAGGAAGAAUGGAAAUCAGAUUUAUAUCACAGACUGAUUAUUCCGUGUGUCUGACUUAGUUGCACGGAUAAGUCGUCGUUUUUCAAGGGAGAAGGCGCUUGAAAACAUCACUUGAGAUGACAUGAAAUAUGACUUUAAGUGACAAAUGUGAUGGAGCCGACCCAGCCGGUGAACACCACCAAUGCCACUUUCAUCACAGCUGCAUCCACCAUGGAUGUGAUCACAGAAAGUCUCGCUUAUCAGAUAAGUCUGGCGGUGAUUCUCUCAAUCAUCACCCUCGCCACCACUUUAUCCAACGCGUUCGUCAUCGCAACAAUUUCUCAGUCCAAGAAGCUGCAAACUCCUGCGAACUUUUUAAUCGCGUCUCUGGCGGUCACAGACUUACUGGUGUCCAUCCUGGUGAUGCCGAUCUGCGUCCUGUACACCGUCAUCCACACCUGGACUCUGGGGCAGAUCGUUUGCGACAUCUGGCUCUCAUCGGACAUAACGUGCUGCACCGCAUCCAUACUCCAUCUGUGCGUAAUCGCUUUGGAUAGGUACUGGGCCAUCACUGACGCCGUGGAGUACUCCAAAAAGCGCACGCCAGGGCGAGCAGCGGGUAUGGUGGCUACAGCUUGGGUCAUAGCCAUUUCCAUCUCCCUUCCACCGCUCUUCUGGAGGCAGGUGAAGGCGGAGGAGCUGACCAGCUGCAGCGUCAACACGGAUCAUAUCUUCUACACCAUUUACUCCACUUUUGGAGCUUUCUACAUCCCCACUCUGCUGCUUAUUGUCCUCUACGGAAGGAUUUACGUUGAGGCACGGAAACGGAUCUUGAAGCAGUCCCCAAAGAAAGUGGGGAAGAGACUUACCUCCGCGCACCUGGUCACCAACUCCCCUGGAUCUGUGACAUCCACGACCUCGCUGCAGUGCGGGAGACACGACCCUCCUUCCAGUGACACCGGCUCUUCAACGAGCGAAAACCAGGUGAAGGUAACGGUGUCUGACGCGCUGUUGGAGAAAAAGCGCAUCUCAGCAGCCAGGGAGAGAAAAGCGACAAAGACUUUGGGAAUAAUCCUCGGCGCCUACAUCGUCUGCUGGUUGCCGUUUUUUAUUUACACGCUUGUGGUGGCCACAUGUGACACGUGCUUCAACCCCGAGUUGUUUGACUUUUUCACCUGGUUGGGAUACCUGAACUCCCUCAUUAACCCUAUCAUUUACACCAUGUCAAACGAGGACUUCAAGAAGGCUUUUCAUAAACUUGUGCGCUUUCGAUGCUGCAGCUCGUGAAAAAAUGGCCCCUGUACAUCUUCUUUUUGGGGGCACAAUAAAGAAAAAGUCAUGAGAAUAAAGGGGGUUAUAUGCCACACAUGAAACAAGAAAAAAUGGUUAGGGCUAGGAAGGAAGGAAAUGUAAAAUGCCCAACUUAAAGACCUCACCUUGGAGUGCAGAUAAGCUUUUUGCAUUUAAAAAUGAGUGAUUUGUUGUUACAUUUCUGUGUAAACUCCCUUUUUUGGCUGCCCAGUAAAGCAGAGCAUCUCACGUUAUUCCCAAGCCACACUGACCCAUUAAUAAGUAAACAGCAGAGAUCACGAACAUCCAAAAAUGAAAGGUAAAAAAUAUACAAAUCUGGCUCUACCUGAGGGACCUUUUUCCACUGUGUGCAAAAAAAACAGAUGGUUCUAUUUUUAAAUCCCAAUAAUGUGUGUGUAUUCUGAGACAUGGUCACAGUGGGGUAUAUUUUUAUUAUGGCACAUGGACCAUUUGCUGCUCUUCAGUGUGGUUAUCUCUUUUUUAAGGGACGCACUGCAAAAGGAAACAUCCAUAUCAGUGUGAAACAUAAAACUAGCUGAUAUUUACCUGGCAGAGCUGAAAGCUGAUCAUGAGUUCAAUUUAACAGAACAAACAGCACCUUGUUUUACUGUGUGUGGCUCUGUUUGCUGCUCCAUUAAAUCUGUAUCUACAGUAUGUGAUAUUCAUGUGUGACAAAGGUUACCAUCCUAUGAUUGAAGCUGCAGAGUUUUACAGUAGAGGCUGCCCUGCAGAGCUAUAAAAAUAAUGCUUAGGAUGUGUCAGCAUUAUAUAAUAUUAAGGUUUGUUGUUCAGGAAAUUAUAUGUUCAGAUUCAGAGAAGCUGUGCAAUAAAGGCUUUAAAGUAUUUAUUUUGCA